CGAGAGAGCAGCAGCUGAAAACAUAUGAUUUUUGUUUGUGUUGUUGUUUUUGCGCGCGCUCUGCGGAACGAGUGAGAAGGCGGAACGCGAGGAGCGACAGGAACGAGUGGCAUUUGUUGCUGUUGUUGUGCUUCAGCUGCUGGCUGAUUCAACCAACGGAACAGAAACAACAACGCAAGUGUUGACAACAGAGCGAAAGAGCGGCGAAAGCGGAGAAAAAGAGGCGACAGAUUCGAUCCCAGACGCAGUGUCUCCGGGAGAGCCAGAACAGUGAGCGAAAUAAGAGCGGGAGCAAGACUGCCAAACAACCUCCUUCCCCCCCCUAUAUACACAAACACACACCCACUGCCAGCCCCCCUGUCCUCCAGUGUGGAGGCACUGCAUCAUUGGCAGCAGCUGUGGUAGCAGCUAGAGAGGAGCGAUUCAGGAGCUAACCGCCCAGCAACCGCCGCCGUAUCAUGUCCGCGGACUCUCCACGCCGCCAUCCCACCGGCGUGGUCGGUUCCGGCCUUGGACAGGGCUCUUCCGUCUCCGGAUCGGGUUCCGGUUCCAAUCACGGUCAUGUCUCCGGUUCUGGCUCGAGAACGGGUACGCUGCCCGCCAUUGUGCCGCCGCAGACCGUGUCGGAUCGCUCCAUUCUGGACUCGGCCAUUGGUUUCAUCAACGAUGUGACCUUGGCCAAUCAGCCGGUUCAGGAUCCCAAGGACACCAUCACCUGGGCCCGAUUCGAGACAUGUGCGGAUGUCAGCGAUCCACGUUUCGGCGACGACUGGGAGCUAGAGGGAAAUGCGGCACCACCGCUGCUUCUGAUCCUCGGCUACGGACUGGGCGUCCAGGUUUGGGCCAUACCCGCGAACGGUGAAGCCGUGGAGGUGCUAUCGUGGCGUCACGGUGUCGUCACUGCCCUGCGAGUCUUACCCACACCGGCGACGGCAGCAGCUCUGGACGAGAACGGCCGGGCAGAUGAGCCCGUCGAUGCCUUCGCAGAGAAGCGUCCCCUGGUGGCUCUUGUCGAUGGUGGCAGUGCAGCGGCCAGUGGUCUCCUUGCUGGCAAUUCCGGAAUGGGCAUGGGCGGCGGCGGCGGAAUCAACACAGUCGGUGGCUCCGGCGGCAUUGGAGGUGGCGGCAGUGGUGCCGUUUCGGCAUCCGCUCAAUUCAGUGCCGUGAACUUUCUGUCGCUGAAAACUGGUGUCCAGGUCAAGACGAUCAAGUUCAAGAACGCCGUGCUGGACAUCCAGGCGAACAGAUCGGCGGUGGUCAUUACGUUCCACGAACGGAUAGCCGUCUUCGAUGCCAGGACACUGGAGGACCGUCUAACCAUUACCACCUGCUAUCCCAGUCCGGGGAUUAAUCCUAAUCCCAUUGCGCUUGGUCCACGCUGGCUGGCAUACGCGGAGCACAAGCUGUUGCACUCCAAGCGCAGUGGCGGCGGAUGUGACGGCGAGGGCGUGCCCAGCUAUACGGCAACAGUGCUCAAUGCGGCCAAGUCCCUUGGCAAAGGGCUGCGCGAACUGGGCGAGCAGGUGGCCGCCGGAUUGACUGGUACCACAGCCGGCAGCGGCGCCAGCUCUAAGAGUAGCAGCUUCGAUUCGGCCAGCGGCGGCCCGGAUGCCAAGCAGUCGGGCGUUGUUACCAUCAUCGAUGUGAAGCAUCCGGUGAAGGAUUAUAGCCCCACGUCGGGCACACCUCUGAGCUCAACGGGCGGCUCACAGGCGGCCGGUGAUCCGAUUGUCGCACACUUUCUGGCCCAUAGCGAGGCACUGGUGGCCAUGGAGUUUGACAGCUCGGGCAUGCUGCUGCUCACUGCCGAUCGGCGUGGCCAUGAUUUCCAUGUGUUCCGCAUCCAACCGCAUCCGGUGGGUCCUAGCCUGGCCGCCGUACAUCAUCUGUAUGUGCUGCAUCGCGGUGAUACCAGCGCCAAAGUGCAGCACAUUGCCUUCUCGCUGGACUCGCGUUGGGUGGCCGUCUCCACGCUGCGUGGCACUACCCACGUCUUCCCCAUAACGCCCUACGGCGGCGCCAUGGGCGUGCGUACGCACACCUCGCUGCAUGUGGUGAACAAGCUGUCCAGGUUCCAUAGGAGCGCCGGCUUGGGAGCGGAUGGUCGCUCCAGCUCACCGAUUUCGCACUCGGAGAGCACGACAUUUGUGCAGUCACUGCAGCCGUACCAUAAUCCCACAUUGCCGCCGUAUCCACGGCCGGCGGUGGUGCAGCCAUUGGCUCAGCUGCGACAGCCCUUCACAUUGGGAUCACCGCCAGGAUCAGCGGGCUUAGGAUCGGGAGGAGGAGGAGGUGGAGGCGGUGGCGUCGGCAGCAUGGGCGGUGGAAUAAGUUCUGGCGUUCAUGGAGGCGUUGGCGGUGGCGGCAGCAGCAGCCAACGGCAGCGACAGCGUCUGUCCUCGCUGUCGGAUGACAGCGGCAAGCCGCUGAGCGUAUGCUCCAUCUUUGCCAAGUCGAGAUCUUGGCUACUGGAGCCACCGAUGGCGACACGAGAGCAGCCGCAUCGCGUCCAGCGCAAGGCGGUCGACUCGCUCUUCGUAAUGGCCGGCCACGGGGCGCUUAUCCAGUAUGAUCUGGAUACGAAGCUAGCCUCAAAUGUUGCCAAAGAGAAGAUAUGUGAUGACACGCCCAUCGAGCUGGAGGUGGAGGCACGUGCCCAGUGGAAUCUGGGGCGACGCAAGGAUGGAUCUCAAGAAAUCAUACCACCGCUGGGGCUGGACAAUUGGCUGAUCAAGGACCGCCAUGCCAGCCUGCUGCUGGACAGCGCCCAUCAAUUCGACGAGCCGGACGAGCGGGCCGAGAGCUGGCUGGCCCAGGUGGAGAUCAUAACGCACGCAGGUCCCCAUCGCCGUUUGUGGAUGGGGCCGCAGUUCGUCUUUAAGAACUAUAAUACGCCCAGCGGUUCCAAUCUAAACCAUGUGGAUGCCGAGGCAGUGGAGAUUGGCGUCACCAAGACUUCAACCACCACUUUGCCCUCGACGGCAGCUAAUGCCUCAGCAUUGGGACCAGGUGCGCUGGGCGUGGGUGGAGUCAAGGAUCGAUCCAGUCCGUUGAAUAUGCCUUUAAGUGCCGCCACUUCGGUGGGAGCAGCUGGCAUCGGGGGCUCGUCGGCGAUGACCGGUCGCAGUGGAUCCGGCGUGCCAGUGCUCAUCGAAUCGGGAUCGUACAGCAGCAUAGAGCAGAGUCCCAAGUUGAUGGAUCGCUUCCGACAUGGCCACUUGGAUUCGGACUACGGGCAUGGGGACACUCGUCUCAAGGAGGAUCUAGCGGAUGCCAUGCGUGAAUCACCCUCGACAGCUGCUGCACGGCGUGAGACAACGGAUCACCAGGCUCCUUCAUGCGGAGAUCCUGCUGCUGCUGGUGGUGCUGGUGCUGCCACUGCUGCAGGCUUGACUUCCUCGCCGCUGGCUUCCUUGGAGGCAGCGACGACGACGGCACCCACAGCCACCGCCUCGACCUGUGAUAAUGCCUGCUAUUACGAUGCCCUCGCCGAGCACGAGAGCCUUAACGAGCUGGACGAUUCGGAGGAUACGGAGGAGGCAAUGCAGCACAUGGACUCUGGAUCAUCAACGAUUUCCGCUCUGGCCUCCGUUUUGCCCAACAUUUGCAGCUAUUCGCGUGUAGAGAAAAUGGUGAAUCCCUUGGGAACGGUCACCGAUCUCAAUGCGGGCAUUUCCGGUGAACUGCAAACGGAUAUGCUGGACGAGGUGGUGGGUCAGCUGGCCGCCGAGGAUACCGUCAUCCAUGAGAACUGUGACGAGGCUCUCUUCCGUCCAGUGGUGGCCAUUUUUUGCAAUGAUCCCACUGAACGUCAAAAGUUGCUCCAACGCAAUCGGGAUGAUAACCCAGAGCAGGCUGCCAACUGUCAGCCGCCGGUGGUGCUGGCCAAUAAGCUAAUUGUUCCUGUGAUUGCCAAGGAAGUGGACGAGGUGUUGGUCCAGAAGGAGAAGCAAAAGUCGCAGAAGCAAUCGCACAAGGCGCAGCAGCAGCAGCAACACCAGCAGCAACAGCAGCAGCAGCAACAGCAGCAUCAACAGCAGCAGAAGUCUCUCCGUUCUCUGGCCGCUGCCGAAGAUGCAGCUCAAGCCCAGAAAUUCGCCGAGUUAUCGCAUCUCAACAAGCCAAAGGGCAACAACAACAAUAAAACUGCCAGCCAGAAGAGCGGAAGUUGCACCUCCGAGGACGAGAGUGCUCCAGCCAUAGCCAGUGGCAAAUCAUCCUCCAAGAAGACCAAGGGUGGCAACAACAAGCAGCCAAAAGCCAGCGGGAAAGUCACCGAGACAGCGAUUAUAGUGGAGAAGCGGAAGAGUCCAGAGCCGGAGCCAGAGCCAGAGCCAGAACCAGAACUGGAGGUAGAACCAGAGCAGGUGCUGGACUCCGAUCUGGAAUCAGAUCAUGCUGAUAGCUUGCUGGCCAACAAGCGAAGCAUUGCCGCCGUAAUGGUGAGCAGUGCCAGUGCCCAGGGCUUGAGCCUGCAUGUGGAGACGUGUACUACAAAUGCAGAAGACGAGGAGGAGCCGGAGGAGGAGGAGCAGCAGCAGGAUUGCGAGGAGCAGGAGCAGCUAGAGGUGAAGCUAAACAAGAAGCAGGAGAAGCCUCAAGUUCAAGAGCUGCCUGUAGGAAAACCUACUCGAACACCGAACACGAAAGAGAAGCCAAGGAAUCCGGAGCCAGAAAAGAUUUUAAAGCCGGUGCAGAGUGUCCAGCCAGUGGACAUUUUCACUUCCGAGGAACCUGUAGUUACGGUUAAAUUGCCACCCAAAACAGAAGAGGCGUCCUCUGAUGAUACCAAGAAGAAGGUGAACGAGAGUUCCAAAAAGGCAAAACCAGAGACAGGGGGCAAGAAGCCAAAGGAGAAUCCGAAUCUGGACAAGAAGGGUGCUGAAACCAAGAGUCAGGAGGCAAAGGAGGCGCUCAGAAAAAAGAGCGAAGCUCCUGUUAAGGAAGAAAUCAGAACUGUAGCACCCGUGGACAACGGAAAGAAGGAGAUGAAGGACGCGAAGGAGAAGUUCACUCAACAGAAAGAGAAACCGGAGCCAGUCAAGGAGAAAUCCCCAGAGAAGGAGAAACCUAUAGAGAAGGAGAAACCUGUAGAGAGGGAGAAACCCUUGGAGAAAUUAAAACCCGGUGAGAAGGUAAAAGCCACAGAGAAGGAGAAACCAAGCGACAAAUCUCUCGAGAAGGAAAAGACACUCGAAAAGGAGAAGCCGCUGGAAAAGGCAAAGCUUUCCGAAAAGGAAAAACUCUUGGAGAAGUCCUCAUCGGUUACUCCUCCACCCACAAGCUAUGUGGUAAAGGUGGUGGAGGAACCAGCACCAGCAGCAGCACCUGUAUCCAUCUCGAAACCAACUCCUCCGAUUCCCAGUCCUUGGAAGAUUGUCACGGAGGUCGUACCAACCCCCAAGCAGCUCUCUGCUGCUGUCCAGGACUAUCCCAGUCUGGGCAAGGCAGCCGGCAAGUCGAGUCCGGAGAAGAAGCGAGAUGAGAAAUUGCUCCCAGGAUUGGUUACGCCCCCGAAAGAGGAGCCAAAGCCGACUGGAACAACUUCCCGCUCCUCCUCGGUGAAGGACAACUUCGAAGACUUUCUCAGCGGCCUGAAGCCACUUGAAGAGCUGCCCCCACUGCCAGCCCUGGAGCCACUUGAAGUCCAGGAGGUGGCGGAGUCGUCGUCGAAGAGGGAUGCGGAGCCAACGCAGCUAAGUCUCAUUAAUUUCGAGAGUCCGUUGCAGGAGAAUGCCGCUAUUCCGAGGCGGAUAUCGCCACCACCACGGGGCUUUACCGAACAGAACCUGAUCCUGGCGCUCUGCGGUUCCCUGCACUAUGAGAACGAGCAGGAGCGGCUCCGGGAGACCGGGACGGAGCUGCUGGUAACCGAACCAGAGCCAGAACCAGAGGAACCAGAACCGGAGCCAGAGGAACAGAGCUACAUACCCCUGGAAGCGAUUUCAUUGUCAUCCCUGCAAAAGUCCACCUCCACAUCGAACAACUCGUCGGGUUCCGAGGAAAUUGUCAUCAUGGAGGGACCCGCCAAGAAGCUGAGCAAGAAGCACAAACGACUGAAGCAACUCCAGUUGCAGCAGCAGCAGCGGGAUCGCGAAAGGGAGCCAGAUGAUGAGGAACUGCGUCCGCUGAUCAGCAUCAGCAUGUGCGAUUCCCAAGUGGAGAUGCAAAAGCUGGCCAAAACCCUCUCGGGUGAUGAUGACGAGCGGGAAAAGGAUCUAGAGCUGGAGCUGGAACUGGGGCAGCUCGAGGAGCCGGAGCAAUCACUGCCCGAGGAUCUGCUGCAUUUUGGCAGCAGUGGUGCGGCCCUGGCUGUUACAACGGACAGCGAGGGGCCCGUGCCGGCCACCACAUCCGAUGACAAUCUGACCUACGGCCAGCAGUCCUCAUCCGUCAGCAGUGCCGCACCGCACAAGCUCAAGACCAAGAAGCUGGAGCACAAGAUUAAUCUAAUUGCGGCCAUAGAGGCGGCCACCUCGUCGUCCACAUCCUCGGCGGAGGAGAGUAGCGUGGAGACGACGCUACAUCCGGAUACCACAGGCCUGGGCCUUGGUUUGCCUUCGAGCAGUGCCUCUGGCGGAGCCAUUGGCUCCGGCUUGGGUGCUAGUUCCGGAGGCAAUGCUGCCUCCUCGAGCCUGACCAAUGCCGAAGGAGGUGGAGUCGGUGUUGGCGGCACUGGUGGCGUCACCUCGGUGGGCGUGACCAGCCCGCCGAGUGCCACAAAGAAGAAGACAAAGCGACGCAAGAGAUAAGAAUUAGCGAUUUGUUUGCUGUGCGUCUUUAGCCUCGUGGUGCUGUGGCAUCUGUAUGCCGCCAAUCGGGUGGCACAAUCCACCGGCGGCAGUGCACCCAGUGCCCAUGCGCUUCAGCAGUCGUCGUUGGACCAUGUCCCAUUGUCUCCAGAACAGCCAGCAGAGAUGGGAGAGCCAGGAGUGCCGGGUGAGCCAGUAGACCAGGCAGGACGAAGCCCUGGGUCCGAUUCCCCCCAACCCAAGCCCAUACUGGAGCAGGAACAGGAGCAGGAGCAGGUUCCGCAGCGGCAGCAGGCAAAGUAGGAGAGCAGCAAACACCGAGAGAAACCAGAGAAGAGGAGGAGAAGCAGCAGAAGAUUCAUAUUCA